AUGUCCAGAAACUCCAAACUAGCAGCUCUAGCAGAGCUCAAACGAACGCGAGAGGGUGGGAAGCGCCAAUGGAAGGGCGAGGCGGAUGUUACGCUAUACGACGAGGUGACAGAAGAUCAGUACAAGUCGGUUGUCGCGGGUCGACUAGCGAAGGAUGACUUUGUGGUCGACGAUGGCGUUGAUGGGUACAUGGACAACGGGAUGGACGACUUCGAGGAGCGGGACGCGUCUGAGGACGAGGAGGACGCCCGAAGAUCUCGCAAAGCAUCGAAGAAGAAAGAGGCGGAAAAGGCUAAAGCCAAAGCGAAGCCCAAGCCGCCGCCACCCGCCGCGCCGUCGAUCAGCGCGUACAGGCCGAAGAAGACGGAGGAACAGGAGGAGGACUUUCUCGCCAGCAUCCUCGGCGGCCUCGACUCUGCGCCCGCAACAACCAAAGCAUCAUCCUCCUACGCAUCACGUGCGCGAAAGCGGCGAGCGUCUCCCUCGCCCGAGCGCUACUCGUACCGCGAGAGCACCUAUAAUGACGCCUCCUCUGAUGGCCCGCCCUCUGACGGCUUUGAUCUUGGUCUUGAUGCGGGCGCCUCUUCGGACGAUAAUAUCUACGCCAGUCCGCGCAAGAAGCAUAGGCCUGACCGUUCUGAUGGGCCUACUACCGCCAAACUGGGCGCUAUGCGCAUGUCUUUGCCCGAGGAUGAGGACGAGUACGACUCCGCAUUUGCCCACGAUGAUAUCAGCAUGUUUAUGGACGUUGACGACGAGUCAAAGCCCAAGCCUACGCCUGCGGCUAAACCCAAACCAGCACCAGCACCAGCAAAGAAGAAAGAAGACACUGGUCCACCGGCGUGGUUAUCCGUCUACGACUCGCUUACAGUCGCACCUGACGAAUCUUUCGGUUCCCUGCCAUCCAGCUCCAAGUCCUCCGCUUCAAUACAGAAAGCAGCCAACAUCAAAGCGCUCCAAGACGAUGGCUCCUUCCGCUUCUUCUGGAUGGACUACCUCGAACACGACGGUGUCCUCUACUUCAUCGGCAAAACGCGCGACGCCACGACAAACGCGUUCGUCUCAUGCUGCGUCACAGUGCAGAACAUGCAACGAAACCUAUUCGUUCUGCCGAGAACGCAGCAGUUGGACGAGGAUGGGAACGAGACGGAUGUGGUGCCGGGAUUGCCGGACGUGUAUCAGGACUUUGACCAGGUUAGGCAGAAGGCGGGGAUUAGGAAGUGGAAGGCGAAGUUUGUGGAGAGGAAGUAUGCGUUUGGGGAGGAGGAUGUGCCGAGGGAUAGUACGAAGUGGAUGAAGGUCGUAUAUGGUUUCAACGAGCCUGUUAUCCCCUCGACAGUCUCCAGCCCGAACUUUUCCAAGGUCUUUGGCACGAACACCAACGCGUUUGAGCUGCUCGUGUUGAAGCGGAAGAUCAUGGGUCCGUGCUGGAUCCAGAUCAAGAACCCUCACGUUGAGCACAAAGGCGUGUCUUGGUGCCAAUACGAAGUUACAGUUGACGACCCCAAGGACUUCAACCCGUUCUCCGAGUCGGACGACGAUGCGCCGAAAGAAGUGCCCCGUCUGACUAUCGCUAGCUUGAGUAUCCGAACCGUUGUCAAUCAUCAAGAGAAUAUCCGCGAGAUCGUCUGCGCCUCCGCUCGUAUCUGGUCCAACAUCAACAUUGACGACCCGACUCCGCCCGAGUCCCUUCCCUGCACAGUACACACCUACGUCCGCCCAUUAGAACGCUACCCGCCCAACUUCGAAUCCCUCGCCAAAUCGAACAAGAAAGGCGUCGUCCACGCGCUCUCCAACGAACGUACCCUCCUCGCUCACCUCCUCAACACCCUCCACAAAGCCGACCCAGACGUGAUCGUCGGCCACGAGUUCCUCGGCGUCUCCCUCGACGUCCUCCUCCACCGCAUGCGCGAGCUCAAAGUCGAGCACUGGUCCCGCAUCGGCCGCUUCCGCCGCUCAAAAUGGCCAGGCAUCGGCCGCCAAGGAACAAACAUGCGCUUCCUGAACGGCCGUCUCCUCUGCGACCUCGCCUCGGACGGCGCAAAGUCCAUGAUCGCGUCUACGACGUGGUCGUUGACGGAGAUGUGCAAGACGCAUUUGAAGAUGGAGAGGCAGGAUAUCGAUCCGGAGGAUACGGCUGGAUAUUUCGAUGGGGCGGUUAGUGAGCCGGAGAGGCUGAUGAUGUUUGUGAGGCAUUGUGAGUUGGAUGGGCAUUAUCAGAUGGCGAUUGCGAGUAAGGUGCAGAUUCUGCCGUUGACGAGGCAGUUGACGAACCUUGCGGGCAACUCUUGGAACAAGACGCUCGGUGGUGGUCGCGCUGAGCGCAAUGAAUACAUUCUCCUCCACGAGUUCCAUCGCCUGAAGUACAUCUGUCCGGACAAGUCCUGGGGCAAGAAGGCCGUCAAGGUCAAGGAGGAUCCUGACGAUGAGAACGAGCCUGGCACCGUCGUGACGAAAUCGGGCAAGACGCGCAGGGACAAGUACAAGGGUGGUCUUGUAUUCGAACCCAAGCGCGGACUGUGGGACCGGUAUAUCCUCGUCAUGGACUUCAACUCGUUGUAUCCGAGUAUUAUACAAGAGUAUAAUAUCGAUUUUACGACCGUUGAGAAGGUCGAGGACGAGGAUGGCGAAGAGAAGAUCCCGGAACCGCCCUCGAAAGAUGUCUCCCUCGGCGUUCUCCCGCGUCUCAUCGCCACGCUCGUGAACCGCCGCAAGCAGGUCAAAUCUCUCAUGAAGGACCGCUCUCUCGAUCCCGCGCGAUACCUCCAAUACAACAUCAAGCAGCAGGCGCUCAAGCUCACUGCCAAUUCCAUGUACGGAUGUCUCGGCUUUGAGCACUCGCGGUUCUACGCACGUCCGCUCGCGGCGUUGACGACGUUCAAGGGUCGUGAGAUCUUGACGCAUACGAGGGAGUUGGCUGAGAGUCUGCAGCUCGAUGUCGUGUACGGCGACACCGACUCCGUCUUCGUCAACUCGAACGUCACCGAACUCUCCGAAGCGAUGAAGAUCUCCAACGAGCUCAAGAAAGCCGUCAACGACCGCUACAAGCUCCUCGAGAUCGACCUCGACGGCGUGUUCCAACGUCUCCUGCUCUUACAGAAGAAGAAAUACGCGGCCAUCAAAGUCGAAGACGGCGGGCGGUCGACUACGACGGAGGUUAAAGGUCUGGACAUGAAGCGCCGCGAGUAUUGUGCGCUUUCGAAGGCUGUCUCGCAGUUCGUGCUGGAGCAGAUUUUGAGUGGAGAGCCGACGGAGAUUGUCGUUGAGAAUAUCCAUGAGUAUCUCGAGGCGAAGGGCGAAGAGGUCCGGACGGGCAAGGUUCCGCUUGACGAAUUCAUCAUCUUCAAGCGUCUGGGCAAGGCGCCGGAGGACUACCCCGAUGCGAAGAGUCAGCCGCAUGUGCAGGUCGCGCUCAGGAUGAAGGCGCGCGGUGCGAGCGCCAGGGCUGGAGAUGUUAUCCCGUAUAUCUUCUGUGUGGAUGAGGGUGGGGAGAGUAGUGGGAAGACGGCGCAGGCGGAUCGGGCGAGGCAUCCGGAUGAGAUCAGGAAGGCUACGGAUACCAAGAUCGACUUCGAGUACUACCUCGCACAUCAGGUUCUCCCGCCUAUCGAGCGUCUCUGCGACCCGAUCGAAGGCACCGACCGCGCACGGCUGGCAGAAUGCCUCGGUCUUGACCCGGGGCGAUACCGCCACAGCGUCUCCGGCGAAGGCGAAGACCGGUACAUCGGCACGCUCGACUCGCAAAUGUCCGACGAGCAACGGUACAAAGACUGCGACCCCCUCCUCAUCCGGUGCCGCGGCUGCGGCGUAUCUUCUCCCUUCGGACACAUGACCGACGAGACGACAUGCAUGCUCAAAGCCUCCGGCGCGAUCUGCCCCAAAUGCGAAGGCCCCAUCUCCGGACCGAGUAUCGCUGCUCAGUUGGAGACGCAGAUACGCGAGCAUAUAUCGCAGUAUUAUCUUGGGUGGACGGUCUGUCUUGAUUCGAUAUGCCAGAAUCGCGCGCGGAUGAUGAGGGUGUAUGGGGAUCGGUGUUUGAAGUGCUCCAGUAAGGUUCGGUACGAGUAUAAUGAUGGAAUGCUGUAUAAUCAGCUGCGGUACUAUGGUUACCUCUUCGACACGACGAAGGUCGGCAACUCCAAGUUCGCAGAGGGCCUGGUGCUCACUCAGGGCGGCCUAUUACGGAGGCUGGGUCAGACGGUCGAGAAGUACCUCGAUAUGAGUGGGCGGAGAUGGGUGGACAUGGGCAGCUUGUUCUCGUUCGCAACAAAGUUGUAG